UCCUGGAGCGAAGGGCAGGAGGCGGCGGCGGCGGCCGGAGCGGGUCUCCCACGGCCUCUCCGGUGCUCGGAACGCAGCCAUGAGCGAGUCCAGUGCCAGUGCGCUCCCGCCGGGCAGGCCCGGCAGGCAGCCCUUCAUCCAUCCAGAGAGCCUCUCUUUGGACUCCAGUUGCUUUUCUUCCCCACCUGUGAAUUUCCUCCAAGAAUUGCCAAGCUAUCGGUCCAUUGCCCGCAAGAGGACAAACAUUGUUUCUCGAGACAAGCAAAGUGGCACUUUGCUGAAGCCGACAGACUCUUAUACCUGCCAUCUGGAGGAAGGAAUCACUGAAAACCUCGAUAGCCAGUCCAUUAGAAAGUAUGCACUGAACAUCUCUGAGAAGCGGAGGCUAAGGGAGAUUCAGGAGACCCAGAUGAAGUAUCUGUCCGAGUGGGACCAGUGGAAACGGUACAGCAGCAAGUCUUGGAAGCGGUUCCUAGAGAAAGCUCGUGAGAUGACGACCCACCUGGAGCUGUGGCGGGAGGACAUUCGCAGCAUAGAAGGAAAAUUUGGCACUGGGAUUCAGUCCUACUUCUCCUUCUUGCGAUUUCUGGUGUUACUGAAUUUGGUGAUAUUUCUGAUCAUCUUCAUGCUAGUUUUGCUACCAGUCUUGCUCACCAAAUACAAGAUCACCAACAGCAGCUUUGUGCUUAUUCCAUCCAAAGACGUGGAUAUUCAAUGCACAGUAUAUCCAAUAAGUAGUUCUGGACUCAUCUACUUUUACAGUUAUAUCAUAGACUUGCUCUCUGGCACUGGUUUCUUGGAGGAUACCUGCCUGUUUUAUGGACAUUACACCAUUGAUGGGGUAAAAUUUCAGAAUUUCACGUAUGAUCUUCCUCUGGCUUAUUUAUUAAGCACAAUUGCCUACCUGGCACUGAGCCUUCUUUGGAUAGUGAAAAGGUCAGUGGAAGGGUUCAAAAUCAACCUGAUCCGAAGUGAGGAGCACUUCCAGAGUUACUGCAACAAGAUCUUUGCCGGCUGGGACUUCUGCAUCACCAACAGCAGCAUGGCGAACCUGAAGCACAGCAGCCUGCGGUAUGAGCUCCGAGCAGAUCUGGAAGAAGAAAGAAUACGACAGAAAAUAGCGGAAAGGACCUCUGAAGAAACAAUACGGAUUUACUCUCUGAGACUGUUUUUGAACUGUAUUGUUCUGGCUGUUUUAGCGGCAUGCUUUUAUGCAAUCUAUAGAGCAACUAUAUUCUCGCAAGAACACAUGAAAAAAGAAAUUGACAAGAUGGUUUUUGGAGAGAACCUCUUGAUAUUGUACCUGCCUUCUAUUGUGAUCACUCUGGCCAACUUUAUCACUCCAGUGAUCUUUGCCAAGAUCAUCCACUAUGAGGAUUAUUCCCCAGGCUUUGAGAUCCGGCUGACAAUCCUUAGGUGUGUCUUCAUGCGGCUGGCCACCAUCUGUGUGCUGGUGUUCACCCUGGGUUCCAAGAUUACAUCCUGUGACAACUACUCAUGCGAGCUCUGUGGCUACAACCAGAACCUCUACCCGUGCUGGGAGACCCAAGUUGGGCAGGAAAUGUACAAGCUGAUGAUAUUUGACCUCAUCAUUAUCUUGGCUGUGACACUUUUUGUGGAUUUUCCUAGAAAGCUCCUGGUGACCUACUGUUCCUCCUGGAAGCUGAUACAGUGCUGGGGACAGCAGGAAUUUGCCAUUCCUGAUAACGUUCUGGGAAUCGUUUAUGGGCAAACCAUUUGCUGGAUCGGAGCCUUUUUCUCCCCUCUUCUCCCUGCCAUUGCAACCCUGAAAUUCAUCAUCAUCUUUUAUGUGAAAGAGAUCAGUCUUCUUUAUACCUGCAGACCCUCCCCGAGGCAGUUCAGAGCAUCCAAUUCCAAUUUCUUCUUCCUGCUGGUGUUGUUAAUUGGCCUGUGUUUGGCGAUAAUACCACUGACAAUCAGCAUGGCACACAUCACUUCCUCGAAAGCUUGUGGGCCCUUCACCAACUUCAACACCAGCUGGGAGGUGGUUCCCAAGAAGGUGAGCACCUUCCCCGGCUCACUGCAGUCCCUGGUGCACAGCAUCACGUCAGAGGCCUUUGCAGUACCUUUCUUCAUGAUCAUCUGCCUCAUCAUGUUCUACUUCAUUGCCCUGGCUGGAGCGCACAAGCGUGUGGUCGCCCAGCUCCGAGAGCAGCUGGCCCUGGAAAGUCGUGACAAGCGUUAUCUAAUCCAGAAACUAACAGAAGCCCAGAGGGAUGUGAGGAACUGACUAGAAUAAUGGUGAAGAUGUUGCUGCGUGUUGCUUAUAAGCUGACUUAGCGACCUGCCGAACCUACGAAGUCCACCUGGGUUUUAAGCGAAAUUUUUUAAAAUAUUUUUUUUCUGGAGUUUGGGCCUUUCCUGAGGGUGGUUCCAUAUGUGCAGCUGCAGUGGCCGUGUUUACGUGACCCCACUCCUACUUAGGGCAUCAGCGAUUUAGAAAAGCAGGUUCAAAACCAAGUCCCUGCCUGUGGACAGGCCAGUCAGUGACUGUGAAAGACUGACUUAGAAAGCCAUUUAAGCUUUCAUACCAAAAAAUGGAGGAGAGAACUUACAGACUUUUAAGAGCUUACUUAUUUUGUCUUUUAAAGUUAACUGCAGAGCUCAUCUGUUCAUGAAGCUGGGGUAGUUCUUUUAAACCAGAUCCUAUGGGUUGAGGCUGAGAAGUGUCCCUGAAGAAGUGGGGACCCUUUUAUAUGGUUCUAUAGACUCAAAAUGAAUGCAGGUGUUUUCUUUUAAUGAAGAGAAAACCUUGAAUCAUGGUUUUUGGACCAGAUGGUGGCAACAUGGAGAGGGUGGCUAUGUAAUUUCAACAACAUGGUAGUAAUAUGAGAAAAGCCAUUUCUGCUGUGUGAGUUAGUCUCUGAAUGCCCUAGGUUACACCUUCUGAGGAGCACUGCCGCAGGAUGGCAGUGUUGACUUCUUAGCUGCAGCCUUAUUUAUUACUAAGGAGGAAGCUGCCUUUAAAGGGGCUGGAUAGCCACAAGCUUCAGUACCCUUCCAGUCCUGAGUUUGGAGACUUGGCAGAGGGCCCAGAGCCAUGAAAUCAAGAGGCAGACAAAGUUUGUCUUCCAAAUUCCAUUUCCAAACUUCCUGCACUGAGGUCUCUAUUUCUGAAGGACACUACUCAUUUCAGAGUCAGGCUGAAAAAAGGCGGCUGAGUAUUUAUUUGAGUUGCGGAUUUACAUGCAUAAGUGUUUUGGGAAUGUGGGUUGCAGGUCUGCCUGUUAAUCAGAUCAGCCUGUGCAAGUGUACCAAAUUAGACUGAAUACUGGUUUCUUAGAUACACAUAUCCAAAUUGCUAAGGGUUGAAUUUUUAAACACAAGUGCCUUUAUGUCACAAAGCAUGCAGAGUAGCUCUUAAGAUUUUCAUUAUAGUAUAAACUAUAUCAAUAAAUACCUCAUCAUAAGCUUUCUAAAAUUGACAGGUCUGAACUUUUAAAUAUAAGCCUAAGUUAUUGUUUAAUGUAAUAAGGUUUAAUUUUUAUAUUUUCAGGUCGUUUCCAAAGUACUUUAGUUUUAUAAUGGACCAUUUGAGUCUGCCUUUCACUGACUCUGAACCUUUCUUGAGGGUAGCCUGGAAUUUAACAUUUGGUGCAGGUUUUGAAAGCUGUUGCCGUUAGGAAUAUUUUCCACCCCCUCCACCCCUCAUUAGGAAGAAAAUGACUCUGCUCUGAGAAGCAAACCAUGCAUACUAUAGCUUAUACAUUGCUCUAUACUUGUCCCUUUGCCAGACCAUUUACUUUCCUUCCAUAAAGUUAGCAUUAACAUGGGGUAUUUUUGUACCUGUGAGACCAAUGAGCUUUUCAAGCUUUUUCUCUCUUAAGGUUUAUGACUUCCUAAGUCUAAAGACUAGUCUCAUAGAAUUCUGAGUAAACAAAAGUUCAUUCCACCCUAACUUUAAAAAAAUUCCAAUUUGGGCCAUUUCUGCCUAGUGUAUUUGUAUAUAUUAUGUUCUUGCCUUCAUCAUGCUUCUGAGGAGAGUCAAGUUUGUGUGUGUGUGUGUGUGUGUGUGUGUGUGAGAGAGAGAGUGAGAAAUGAAGCUGGUUUUUUUUCUUAUAAAACUGAUACUGAAAUGUGCUAAUAUAUUUUAGUUAAAUGCUGCUAAUUUGCAUACCUUACUUGAACAUUUAUAUCUAUUUUGAUAACUUUAAGUGAUGUCUUUGUAACUGCUCAAGUACAGCUCUUGAUAACAAA